UAACUUUUUACGUUAAAAUGUGUCGUUUUAAAAUUUAAAGUCGACCUGUCCGAGCAUUUAAAAAAAAUAGAUUUCUAAAUUAAGAAUUGUUUGAAAGCCACUGAUUGAAGAUAUCUUCCGCCACCCCUUUAAUCUGUGAUCUGUUAUUGUUUGAGGUUAUGAAUCACUUUUACUCUUUCCACCACUACUGACGUGUAAAUAUUCUCAAAAAUAUUGUUCCUUCCUAGUUGCUAAUCUUACUUGUAACGUUUAUUUUCCAUUACAAGACAGAACUUUUAGUUUUAACGUUGGUAUGAUAUUUAGAUGAUUUCUCUUUGAUGUAUUUAAAAAAUGGAUAAAGCUCAAGUUAAUCAAAACUCCAAUGAUGUAAAACAAGACAACGUUGUACCUGUGAAGAGAGAAAAAGGGCCAGAUGUCGAUAAUCAUAAGGCCGGGCUUGCCAGUCUUAGGGCUAUAAUUUUUCUUCUUCUGUGGUAUUUUUUCAGUGGCUGUACUUUGUUUUUAAACAAGUAUAUUUUGACGUACCUGAAUGGAAAUCCAACAAUGUUAGGUGCUUGUCAGAUGUUAAUGACUGCAACAUGUGGAUUUGUGCAGUUGUACUUCCCUUGUGGAAUGUACAAACCGUCUCAACGAUUAAGUAAACCACCAGGGUUUUAUCGACAUAUGGUUCUGGUAGGGUGCACAAGAUUUUUAACUGUAGUUUUGGGACUAGUUGCGUUAAAUUAUGUAGCUGUCAGUUUUACAGAAACGAUUAAGAGUUCUGCACCUUUAUUUACUGUGUUAAUAUCUCGUUUUUUGUUGGGAGAACAUACAGGGCUGUAUGUGAACUUGAGUUUAUUACCGGUCAUGUCUGGUUUAGCUCUGUGUUCAAUUAAUGAAAUUAGUUUUGAGAUGAAAGGUUUUAUUGCAGCAAUGGCUACAAAUUUAACAGAAUGUAUCCAAAAUGUGUACUCUAAAAUGCUGAUAUCAGGAGAUAAAUUUAAAUAUACACCAGCAGAACUACAAUUUUACACUAGCAUAGCAAGUGUAGUUAUUCAAAUCCCAGCUACUCUUUUGUUAGUGGAUAUCCAUCACAGUAAAUCCUUCGAUUUCAACAUAUUGUUCUAUUUUAUGUUGAAUGGAAUUUUUUUCCACUUUCAAAGCAUUACUGCAUAUGUUUUGAUGGAUUACAUUAGCCCAGUUACUCAUAGCGUUGCAAAUACAGCAAAAAGAGCUUUUUUAAUAUGGCUGUCAGUGAUAAUGUUUGGUAAUGAAGUUACGCUAUUGAGUGCUGUGGGAACCAUAACUGUGAUAGCAGGGGUAUUCAUGUAUAUUAAAGCACAGGAAUACGAUGAUAAAUUGAGCUCAGUUAAUCUGAUUCAAAGGAAAGUUCGUGCAAUUUAAGGAACAGGCAUAUGUUUUCACUUUAAAUACAUAUUUAGUAUUUCACCAGAUGAUUUGAGUUGUGAUGUGCUAAUGUCAAUUUUUAGACGGAAAAAUUCUUCCAGUUUAAACAGAAAAAACGACCUAAGAGUAAAAGUAGAUUAACAUACACCAUAAAUUCGAGAAUCGUUAGUUUUUCACUGAUUUUCAAACACUAGAUAAACUGCCAUUAUUUAUUGCAGUAAUAGCGUUCAGUAAUUUAUUGAUAUUUAUUUUAAUUUAUUUUUAUUAUGUUGUCACGUGGUUGUGUAAAUUUGCAAUAUAGAAGAUUUUCAUCAACAUUCCAAAUGUUGUUCAAUUGAAGACAGUGUACAUAUUGUAACUACAUUUUUAUACUGUAAAUUGUUAUAAAU